AUGGCGAUCAGAAUUAUGGGCUCCUAUAUGGUGAAGCCAGCAGAGCCAACAUGGAAAGGUUUCCAAGCUCUUUCGGAAUGGGAUCAAACCGGUCUCAUUACUCAUGUACCAACUAUCUACUUUUAUCGACCCUCCGAUGAAUGGAGUAGGCCCACCGAUAAGGUCUCCGCCACCCUCAGAGAAUCGUUGAGUAGGGCUCUUGUCCCAUUCUACCCACUCGCUGGCCGGCUGCGGUUCCUCCCAGGAGGCCUUCUCGAGCUCAACUGCAACGCCGAAGGGGUUCAGUUCACUGAAGCCGAGUCCGACUCCCAACUUGAGGAGUUGGGUGAUUUCUCAUCAAAGUAUUAUCAUCAUCUCACCCCAGCUGUAGAUUAUACCCGCCCCAUUGAUGAACUGCCUUUUCUAGUAAUCCAGCUCACUAGAUUCUCAUGUGGCGGCAUUAGCCUCGGCGUGACGAUUUCUCACGCAGUUGUUGAUGGCCCGAGUGCAUUGCAUUUUUUCUCUGAGUGGGCUGGUCUUGCUAGAGGCGAGAAAUUGGAAACAACGCCGCUUCUGGAUCGGAAGUGUCUCAGAGCGGGAGAUCUCCCACUCGGAUCUCCAAUUUUCAACCAUUUAGAACACAAUAGCUUACCAAUCUUGGUCGGGGAAUUGGACAGUAAGGAAGAGAGUGAAAAGGAAACCUCUGUGGCCAUGCUAAGAGUCACGAAAGAACAGCUGAAAAAACUGAAGAGGAUAGCAAACGAGGGUCGAGAUAGCAAGACUACUCGUCCCUUUACUCGGUACGAGAUGUUAGCUGGGCACGUUUGGAGAUGCGCCUGCAAGGCCAGGAAACAUAAUAAGGAGCAGGAAACCGCUUUAGCUGUUUCUGUCGACGUGCGGAGCCGAAUAGAACCGCCGAUACCAAGCUCUUACUUCGGCAAUGCGUCGUUCAGUGUUUUGGCCAAGAGUAGUUCGGGAGAGUUGGUGUCCAAACCACUAAGUUUUGCAGCGAGCAGAAUAAGGGAAACCGUUGAAAGCGUAACAAGUGAGUAUAUAUGGUCAAAUAUAGAGUAUCUUAAGAAUCAAGAGGACUUGACUAAGUUUAGAGAUCUUCAAAUUUCUACCUUUGACAAAGAGCCUUUCUAUGGGAACCCUAACAUUAGCGUUGUGAGCUGGUUGAGGCUACCUUUGUACGGCCUUGAUUUUGGAUGGGGAGAGGAGCUGUGUAUGACUUUAGGAACUCAUGGCUGUGAUGACUUCGAUGGAGACGUAGUGCUUCUCUCGGAUCCUAGUAGCAGGGAUGAUGGGUCCUUGGUUGUGGCAAUGUCUUUGCAAGUGCAACAUAUGGAUUCCUUCAAGAAGCACUUUUAUGGUGAUAUAGGGCCUGUUUGGGAUUAGUUUUGACUGUUAUUAUGAUAUUCUAAGUUGACUCAUCUAUGGAAUUUUUACA